CCCUGAGGUCUUUUAAUGUCAAACCCUCCUGGUUUACCUCUUCAGUUUUCCUCAUCACCUGUUUCUUUCAGGUAUAACUGGUAACUCAUGGGUAGUAUACCCCAACCAGGAACCAUGCCGAGGUCUACCAAGAACUACCACGAUACCCUGCGGUGAUGCACCGUGAUGGUGGGUUGUUGUUGGCUCGGGACGGCCAGUUGGUUACUUCGGCUUUACGAGUAAACGCUGUCUCUGUCCGCCAAGGCCGUUUGGUGUAUGAAAUCCCGGUUUACGAUAAACGCUUUAAUGUCGAAGUAUUCAAGUUCAUCUUUCACGGCAUUUAUUGUUUCAGUUCCGUCCACAGGAAGCGUACACCAUUGUGAAUCGAUUACGGCAGUGAAAAUCAGGCGAAAGACCCCACGUCCACAUUGACGUAUAAAUGCACUGGACAUAAGGUAGUCCUGUCUCGACAGUGUUUUUAGCGAGUUGACCCGCGGCCACCACGCUGCCGAAAAGCCACAAAAAAUGAUGGAUUAUCCUCGUUAGUUUUACCCACUGUUAUGUUUGCGUGAAAGAUGCUAUUUUUAAGGGAUAAGUACAUUUUCAUACCUUCAUAACGAUCAGUUAACUUGUAGGCAUCACCCGAGACUAUUUGGAGUUCCUUUGCAUACCGCUUGUUUCCUUUUAAUAGUUUUAAAGUUAUAGACACAAAACACGACCAACACAAUGAGUGAGUGUAAGAGAGAACCCGAGCAGUGCUGUGUGGACAGGGUAUCAAAAAUGAGCCUGGUGGAAGAUCGGAUCCAUGACCCACACCAACCCGAGGACCCAAUUUUGCCAGCUCCCAGAAGGACUUGGGGAUGUCCUGAUAGCGGCGGCGGCGGAGAAAAUGCUGUUGGCGGAGGAUGGGGGAACAUAGCAGGAGAUCCUGAUGAGGAACAACUGCGUGAAGCCUGCGGCGUGUUUGGGUGUGUCCUGGCUAAGGAUACGCCUCCGGGCAGCGUGAACCUGGCGCAAGUGAUCUAUUUGGGACUCGUGGCACUGCAGCACAGAGGACAAGAAAGUGCUGGUAUAGUGACGAGUGAAGGCAGAGGGGCUAAGAAUUUUAGUUAUCAUAAAGGAGAUGGUUUGGUAGCUUCGAUUUUUACCGAUGACAAGAUAAACAAACUCCGAGGUACUUUGGGUAUUGGACACUCCAGGUAUUCCACAGCAGGGGGUCGAGACCCCGCCAAUACUCAGCCUUUCAUGGUGCAUACGAGGCAUGGGCCUCUUGCCACAGCUCAUAAUGGAGAGUUAAUUAAUGCCGUUGCCCUUAGGAAAACAGUUUUGGAUCGUGGAAUAGGAUUGUCCACUUGUUCCGAUUCGGAGCUGAUAACUCAGAUGCUUUCCCUGACACCACCGAGAGGGGAGAAAGAUGGCCCCGAUUGGGGAGCAAGAAUCAGACAUCUGAUGGAGGCCACGCCGACUGCCUAUUCCUUGGCUUUGCUUCACGAGGACAAAAUUUACGGCGUACGGGAUCCAUUUGGAAAUCGACCGCUCUGCAUCGGGAGGCUUAUGCCGGUUGGCGAAAGCAAUGAUGGCACAAAUUCUCCCAAACCUCUAGGGUGGGUUAUCAGUUCAGAAUCCUGUGCUUUUCAGUCAAUAGGAGCCACACUCAUGAGAGAGGUUUAUCCAGGUGAAAUAGUUGAACUGGGGCAGUAUGGUGUGCGCUCUCUUGACAUUGUCCCGCGUCCUACAAAACAGACAAGUGAAACCAUUGGAUUAGAAGCCCUAGACAGUCCAAAGAUAGGAGAGUCCCCACCCCCUGCCUUCUGCAUAUUUGAGUAUGUUUAUUUUGCAAGAGCAGAUUCUGUCUAUGAAGGACAGCAAGUAUACAGUGUCAGAAAACGGUGUGGACGUCAGCUAGCUAUUGAAGCACCAGUAGAUGCGGACAUAAUUUCUACAGUUCCAGAAUCUGCUACACCUGCGGCAGUUGGAUUUGCCUUGCAAUCUGGUCUCCCCUAUGUUGAAGUUUUGUGUAAGAAUCGUUAUGUGGGCAGGAGUUUUAUUCAGCCAGAUCCACGGUCUCGACAGCUUGCUGUGGCAAAAAAAUUUGGUGCGUUGACAGAAAACCUUGCUGGUAGAAGUGUGGUGCUGGUAGAUGACUCUAUUGUCAGAGGAACUACAGUUGGCCCUAUUAUUCGUCUUUUAAGACAAGCUGGAGCAAGAGAGGUUCACAUCCGAAUAGCUUCACCACCAAUACAUUACCCAUGUUACAUGGGUAUUAACAUACCAACUCGUGGAGAGCUCAUUGCUAACAAGAAACCCCUUGAUGAACUUGCAGGUUUUAUUGGUGCAGACAGUCUAGCUUACCUCAGCAUUGAAGGCUUAAUCAAGGCUGUGAAGGAAGGUGCAUCUUUAAAAAAUGGGGCACCUGUGGGCCACUGUACAGCUUGUCUGGAUGGAAAAUAUCCUGUCCAUCUGGAGUGGUAAAUUUAUUUAACCGAUAUGUGCUAAUUUUAAUAUUACAGUAAUUUGAAGUCUAUAGAAUGUAUAUAUUGUUAUUAUGUAUUAUCAGAUGCAGUUUUUACCAAUUGACCAUGACAGCUUCAGUUAAUUAUGUAUGUUGGCAAUAAAAUUGUUUAAUCAA